UUUACCCCCCACGACAUCACUCCGUACGGAUUACUCCUACCACUGAAAAAAGAGAAUCAGUAUGACUCUGGAGGAUUUUGAAAAGUCCUUGGCGGAGGAUCAGGAGAAACGGCGCGACAAGAGUGACAAGGAAAGGCAUCGACAUCGCGAUCGAGACCGCAGCCGCGAUCGCUCAAGACACCGCCGCCAUCAUCAUCGUCGCCAUUCGUCCCGAUCGAGAGAACGCGAAUCCGAAAGCCACAGAGAGUCACGGCACAGGGACGAAGACAGACAUCGCCAUAAACGAUCGCGCCAUUCGACUGACCACGAUGACGAUCGAGGUCACGCCCAUAAACGCCGACAUCGACAUGAAAGCAGAGACGAGGAAGCGCCACCCGUGAAGGAGGAAGCCCAAGAGGUGCCAACUCAGCUAAAGAGAGAUGCAUGGAUGGAAGCCCCAUCCGCGCUGGAUAUCGACUAUGUCCAUCGACGCGAUACGACGCGCUUGGAAGAGGAGCCAAAGGCUAAAAUGCUACAGGCAGACUUCGAGCUUAAAAUCCAUGGCAAGGAAUUAAAUCAACACCUACACGAUCUGAAGGACGGAAAGACGCUGGAGGAAAUCCAGGAAGAACCGGCGGAACACGAGGUUGACUACACUUUCGGUGAUGCUGGCUCCCAGUGGAGGAUGACUAAAUUGAAUGCUGUCUAUAGGCAAGCUGAGGAAAGCGGAAAACCCGUGGAGGAAAUUGCUAUCGAGCGGUUCGGGGAUCUACGCUCCUUUGAUGAUGCACGCGAGGAAGAGGCGGAGUUAGAUCGACGUGAGAGGUACGGGGAGGGCUACGUAGGCAAAGAAAAGCCAUCAGGAGAGCUUUUUCAAGAGAGAAAACUACAGCAGGGCGUCCAUCGGGAUACCCAUGAACAUAUUCCAAGCCCCAGGAAGGAACUGGAAGCUCACGGCCAAGGCAAACCGAUGGAUGCAGAACCGCCCCAAAAUACUACUCAAUAUCUCGACUCAACAGCUCUCAACCGACUUAAGGCGCAGAUGAUGAAGGCAAAGCUCAAAGGCUCUCCCGAUGCUGGUGAGCUUGAGGACCGGUACAAUACCGCCGCGGCAGCCAUGGCAAACCGGAAGGACCCUGGUGUGGUGGUAUUGGGUGUCAUGCAGAACCGGAUGCUUGCUGGCAAGAGAAAUGAAGUCAAAUCCGUGGAGACUAAGCGAGGCCGAGAAAGGGGCCAGGUGGAAGAGAACGAGGAUAUGAGCAUCGAGGAUAUGGUGCGCGAGGAGCGAAGAACCCGUGAUCAACGGGGAGGCGAAGGGCAGCGACUUGCGGAAAGAAUAGCAAAAGAUGGCAAAUUCGAGAAUGAUUUGGAGUACAUGGAUGAUAAUGCCUCCAAACUAGCACGACGGGUACAUCGGUCCGAAGUUAAUCUCAAGAAUGCGACUAUUAGCGAGUUCCAAAAGAUGAACCGAAUCCUAGACAACUGCCCUCUUUGCCAUCACGAGGAUACCAAUACUCCGCCUGUUGCUCCUGUGGUAUCUCUAGCGACCAGAGUUUAUCUUACUCUUCCCACCGAGCCAGAACUUAAUCAAGGAUGUGCCACCAUUGUCCCCAUUCAACAUCGAACGAAUCUUCUGGAAUGCGACGAUGAUGAAUGGGAGGAAAUUCGUAACUUCAUGAAGAGCUUGACUCGCAUGUAUCAUGACCAAGGCCGCGACGUCAUCUUUUAUGAGAAUGCAGCCCAGCCUCACCGAAAGAAGCAUGCAACAAUGGAGGUAGUGCCAUUACCAUACAGCCUCGGGGAGACAUCUCCUGCCUUUUUUAAAGAAGCCAUUCUCGCCGCAGACGCCGAAUGGACUCAGCAUAAAAAGUUAAUCGACACGCUGGCGAAAUCGAAGCAAGGAUUGGGCCGAUCUGCCUUCCGCCGUACGCUGGUGAAGGAGAUGCCUUACUUCCAUGUCUGGUUCGAGCUUGACGGAGGACUGGGACAUGUAAUCGAGGACGAGAACCGCUGGCCCCGCGGCGACCUCUUCGCGCGGGAGAUCAUUGGAGGAAUGUUGGACCUGGCUCCGGAUGUGAUCAAGCGGCAGGGCCGCUGGCACCGUGGAGGUGACCGUCGAGUUGAAGGGUUUAAGAAACGAUGGAGGAAAUUCGAUUGGACAAGGGUACUUGUUGAGGGGUGAGAUUAAGGCCGUACAUACCAUCUACGACCAUUUGCUCGUAGUCAGGAGCAUCUUACAUCUAUCUUAUUGCGAAUCCAUCCACGGACACCAUUAUGCCAUCGCCAUUGUAGUACACGCCCAUUCUUGGGCUUAAUAUCUGUGUAGAUCUAUCCAGAUAUCGAUUCAUAUACCGCCGAUCUUUCCACUUUUCGCCUCCUAUCAGCGUUGAUCCGAUCCUUGAAUAAGGCCGGGGAGUGGAUUAUUCGCUGCUGUAUAGAUUGGCCCUUUUACCCGCGGCCACACAAUCGGCGAUUUCCUGAAAGAUUCAUUGCCAUAUCGGCUAUCUCCGACAAGGGUCUCUUUCUGGAUUCUUCUUCUAGUUCAUUCGGCAAACUAGACGGUAAGAACGCGGAGAAGGACAGGAGAUGUGGUGUCAGAUCAAGUCCCGUGUAGUUGGAGAAUCAAACCAAGGGGAAAUUUAACGAUAAGAGAAAGAAUAAAAGUGGGGCACGUGGGGGGAAG